ACGCAUUAAAAAAAAAAAAAAGAAUGUUACUAUUUUUUUUCUUCAAAAUGCCGAUUUGUUUUAUCUGAAAAAUAUAUAUUCUAAAUAAUAUAUUUACAUGCAUAUUUAAUCUAAUCGAUAUUGAACAGUCCAUUAAAUAAAUAAAUAAAUUUUAUGAUCUCAUUGAAAUGUCUUGAGUACUAUAGCGAUCGCAUAUGGACGCUCAGAUAAAUAGCGGUUGUUCCGCUGUAUCGUUACAUUGAAGUGUUGGCCAUCAUGGACGGAAGGAAGGCUGUGGAAGAAGAUAAACCAUCGCAUUUGAGGGCUUAUUUGAUAGUCCUCGCUGUAAAUGUUCUCCAAAUUUCCACUGGAGCAGUAAUGGGAUGGACGUCCCCAUCUUUGCCGAAGCUGAACCUUACCACUCAUGAGCAAAGUCUUGUUGGAUCCCUUUAUUCUCUCGGAGCAGCUCCUGGACCUUUCAUCGUCACUUUUGGUUUGAACACCAUCGGCAGGAAAGGAGUGAUCUACGUACUCUGGGCAUGCUUCAUGUCGUCUUGGAUAAUAAUGGCCAGUUCGCAGAACCUAUACGUCAUCUACAUCGCGAGGUUGAUGGGAGGAAUUGGUGUUGGAGGUACGUGCUCCGGCGUACCAGUAUACAUCGCAGAAGUAGCUCUUCCAGAAAUUCGAGGCCGCCUUGGAUCAACAGGUCUACUGUUCUUAGGAAUUGGAUCUCUGGUGAUGUAUGGAGUAGGACCGCAAGUCAGUUAUACCAUUCUGGCUUUGUGUGGUCUUGCAAUGGCUGCUAUUUUCGGAGUGUUCUUCUACUUUGUCCCAGAGUAACCAUACUACUACUGUAAAAAAGGAAAAAGGAAAGAGGCUGAAGAGGCUAUUCAAAAGCUAAGAGGCUAUAAGACUCGUGAAAAGCUAGAAGAAGAACUUGCUCAAAUUGAAAGAGCAAUCCUGUUGGAAAAAGAGAACUCUGUCAGUUUUCUGGUAGGUAUCAGAAAGCCAGUCGCAUUGAAGGCUUUAGGUCUUGGCAUUUUUGUUGUGGCAAUGCAGCAAUUCCAAGGAGUAAAUCCUAUAAAUGCCUACAACCAGAUUAUUUUUGAGCAAGCUGAUCUAAACUUCCCCGCCAAACAUGUACCAGUUAUCUAUUUAUUUGUCGGAAUGGUAUUUUUACUCCUGCCAGUAUUAUUGGUCAACAAGCUGUUUGGAGUAAAAACUGCUUAUAUAGCAUCAGGAUUCGGAGCCAGUAUCUCGUUGGCUCUCUUAGGUCUAUACUUUUACUUGAUCAAUAGUGGUGGUGUAGAUAUGCAUGACUACAGUUACAUUUCCGUAGUGUUCCUGGUUCUGUUUUCGCUAUUCAGUCAUCUUGGUGUCUCACCUUUGUCCUGGCCAAUUGUUGCCGAAAUCCUGCCACUGUCAGUAAAAGGAGUUUGUACUGGAAUCUGUGGCUGCAUUAGCUCACUCAUCGGAUUCCUUUACUUGGCAGUUUUUCCCAGUAUAGCCAAGAAUUAUGGAUAUUCUACUGACUUUUUUGGGAUUGCUACAAUAUUGUUUUUGGCAACGACAGUUGCCAUGUUCAUCUUACCAGACACAACUGGAAAGACCCUACAAGAAAUUCAGGAGCUUCUGGCAGAAUGAAAAAUUCUUCAAAAAGUAUCGAUAAAAAAUAGAUCUGUUACAAUAAAAAGACUUUUUAAAAUUAUACUUUGUUAUCAGUAUGGUUUUGCUAUUUUAAAGUGUAUAUAAUUAUUUUUUACUUUUCAAUAAUUUCUGCACCACCUUAGUUUAAUGUUUCUUAUUCGGUGCCUUAAAUUUAGCCAAUCCAGUCAAUCAGUUGUAUUAAUUGAAGAUAUUACAUGUUUUGGAUCACAUUCAAUAUAUAUUUUUUUUCUUUUAAACUAAA